AUGGAUCCUGCCAAGCUUUCUGCAGUCCUCAACUGGCCGGUGCCCGAAACUGUCCACGCCGUCCAGAAAUUCCUCGGCUUUGCCAACUACUACCGCCGUUUCAUCAAGAACUUUUCCGGUGUGAUUACUCCCAUCACCAAGCUCCUCGGCAAGGAUGUCCCUUUCAACUGGACACCCGAAUGCGACUCUGCUUUUGCCUUCCUCAAGCAUUCUUUCACCUCCGCGCCCGUCCUUGCCUAUCCUGACCCCUCCAAGCCUUUCAUCCUCGAGACCGAUGCCAGCGACUUUGCUCUCGGUGCCAUUCUGUCCCAGCUCGAUGACAAUGGCGUUGCGCAUCCCGUUGCCUUCCAUUCCCGCAAAUUCACUGGCUCUGAACUCGCGUGGAACAUUUACGACAAAGAGCUCUGUCCCAUUGUCGAGUCCUUCAAGGUCUUCCGGCACUACCUCCUCGGCGCCAAGGUUCCUGUCAAGGUGAUUACCGAUCACAAAAACAUCGAGUUCUGGUCUACCGCCCGUCUCCUCAACCCGCGCCAGACCCGUUGGGCCCAAGUGCUCGCCGACUUCUUCUUCCUCGUCUACCACCGCGCUGGUACCCUCCAUACUCUCCCUGACGCUCUCUCUCGUUCCUCUUCGACGGGGGUGGGUGACCCCAAGGUCAAGACUCCGACCAGCAUGUUUCCCGAGAAACUCCUCAUUGCCGUCAUGUCCGACGACUUCCUGUUCCGCGUCCGCCAGGCUUUAGCGACCGACAUUCUCGCACUCGAGAUCGCUGAAGACCCUUCCCGCUUCCCCAAGUUCACCAGAAAGGACGAUCUCCUUUACUUCAAGACGGCCUUGUACAUUCCUGAUUCGGCCGAUCUCCGUUCUCUUGUCCUCGAGUCCCGCCACGACAGCUAUGCUGCCGGUCACUUUGGCAUCCGCAAGACCAUCGAGUUAGUCCAGCGUGACUACUACUGGCCCAAGAUGCACGAUACGAUCCAGCACUAUGUCGAAUCGUGCGAGACCUCUUCCUCCUUCCAACUCCUUUGA